CCCAAUUCCCUCCUCAUUCUGAAAAGGUGAGAGAGCCACUUCACAUUUUAAAAAAUUUGCAGAAAUGCCCGUGCGCCGUCUCAGACUCGAUUCCGACACCGACGAAGAAGAACAACACCCACUCCAACCCCAAUCCCAACCACGGCCACAGCCACAGCCACAUUUUCCGGCGGUUCCCGUUGAAAUCUCCGACGAUGAAGACUUCAUCGACGUCGCCGAAAGCCUCUCCCCGCCCUCCCCUUCCUGUCCAGUCUCCGACUUCCUCCGCCGCCUCGGUCUGUCUCUCAAGAGAGACUGGCUCGCCUCCUGUCUCCGCCAACUCCAAGCCUCUGUUGCGUCCUUCGAACACCUCGACGUUGCCGCCAAAGCCAAACGUUGUUUCGAGCAGUUCCUCUUCGCCGACAUGAAUUCAUGUGGCGCCGGCGUUCUCCCUCCCAACGUCGAUUCCAUGCACCUUCGCGUUCUCCCUGGUCCCUACGUUUUGCAGGUUGAUGAAAUAAUUAAUAUCACUUGUAACCUACGAGGAAGAUACGAACAAGCACCUCCUGGACCUAAGAGGUGCCUCAAGUUGUCAAUGACUGAUGGUGUUCAGAGAGUAUUUGGAAUGGAGUAUAGGCCUAUCAAAGCGCUUGAAGUUUGUGCCUCUUCUGGUUUAAAGGUUGCUAUCUCUAAUGUACAUGUGCGUCGUGGACUUCUAAUGUUGGUCCCUGAAACCAUUGAAAUUUUGGGGGGAUUGGUUGAGGAGCUGGAUGCUGCUCGAAAACGACUGGUUGAAGAAAUAAACAAGCCACCUAGGGGGAAAAGAAACAAAAAUGGAGAGCUCCCUCCUUUAGCAACUAGAGCAACACUUGCUGCAUGGCCUCCAGGUGGGGUUGAUAAUCGUGCGUGCAAUGGCUCCACGCUGCACAGUAAUGUUUCUUUCCAAGAAAACAACCAAGGUGCUGGCCAGAGCAUACCUAGCCCUGUUAACAACUUACCAACUGAAGAUACUUUGUCCAUGGGUGCACGCAGUGCUGCUUCUAAUUCAAUACCCUGCAUGUCAUCACAUUCCAACGCCAUGAAUGUGGAUACGCCUAGGAAUACCGAUCCUGUAUCCCAUGCUAGUCCUAUGUCUAACCAACUCUCUUCUGUAAUCUCAAGGGCCAAGGAUAUGCACAUAGAUGCUUCUAAUGCAAGGGAAUGUUCUAUUGACCAUCAGUAUUCUAACAUGGAUUCAAAUGUUGCAGCGGCACAUAUGGACUCAGUUAAUAUAACACGAGAAAAUUCUGUAGGUAUUGAGUGCUCUCCUGUUGUUGUCAAUAUUGACACAGAUACAGAUAGAACUCCUGUUGCUACAGAUACUACUCAUCUGCAAAGAACCUCAUCCACUGUUUUAGACACUAGCGAUGUCCAGAUGGUUGAUGCCAUUGACCAUCCACUCAUACUGUCUAGAGACCAAGAGGUUCCUUUCACAUACAUAGCUAGUUUGUCAGCUAAGUGGGCUAAAAUCAAGGAGGAAGCUCCUUCCGUUCAGGGGAAAAUCAAGUGCUUUUUGACUGGUGUAAAAGGAUUCCAGUUUAAGAAAAGGACAACAUAUGAACUUCAGGCAUAUGUAGACGAUGGUAGCCUUAUUUCUGAAAUCCUUGUCGAUCAUAAUGUUGUAGAGAAAGGAAUUGGUUAUUCUCCUGAGGAGGUAACUGCGGCUCUUUCUUCUCCUGACACAAAAAUCGUACACCAAAUGAAGGAUACAAUGCGUAAAUUUCAAGCCUUUUUAGCAAACUUUGAGGGAAUAAUUCUUGUGGAAUUCAAUAAAAAAUCUCCCCUUCCACUUGCUCUAGAGAUGAGUCAAGGUUGUCCGCAGUCUGAUGCAUGGUUACUUCUGAGAAGGCUGAAGUCUCUUCAACCUGCACUAGUUCAAAACCCUACGGAUCCGAUUGAGUUAUCCCCGUAAUUAUCUGCAUGACUGGCAUUUUGUAAUUUGGCCUGGACAAAGUUGUGCUCGAAAUAAUUGCAGACCUUAAUAUCAUGCAUGAUGAAUGUAGUACCAUUCUGCACACUCGUCACCAUCAUAUACUCGAGUUCCAAGACCCUGCAUAACUAAGAUGGACAUAGAAGAAUGACGAUGUGAGAGAGCAUUUGUUGUUGCACCAACUUGUAUUCUGGUAUUCUAUGUAAGAAAUGCUUGUAAUAUUAGCCAGAGGAAAAGUUGGUGUUCAUUUUGGUCAAAAACAAACGAAUAGCCUUCCCUUUGAUCCCAGUUCAGCAGAAGAGAAAAAUCGGGGUAGGUGGACCAUACUCUCAAUUGGAAAAAAAGACUAAUGACUCUUUGGGGGAAAGAGGAAAGAAUCAAGGUUACAAUGUUAUGAAAGGUUGCCUGGUAUAUAAGUACUGGUGAAGCACGGAUUGGUAUUGUAUAUUUUCAUUGUUCUUGGUGUUAAGGUGUUCCCGUUGGAGGUUUAUUUGUUGGAUGAGAUUGUCUAUAUCUACAUCUAAGGAUGUAUUGCAACUCCUGAAUGGUCACGUGAUUUGUUCUUGUAAUUUGAAAUGUAACUUCUGCAGUGGAUUUUAGCUUUGCUACAUGUAAUCUUAAGUAGUUUUUGUAAAGUUUGCUCUGGCAUUUUCAUUAUCAAUGUACCCCCGAUAU